AUGGCGGCGGCAGCGAGUGGCGAGACGGAGGAGCGGCCGGGCGGCGGCUUAGGAGCUGCCGGCGGUAACAGCACGCGAGAGCGGCUGCUGUCAGCGCUGGAAGAUCUGGAGGUCUGGUCGAGAGAACUUGUAGAAAUGCUGGCAAUUUCAAGAAACCAAAAGUUGCUACAGUCUGGAGAGGAGAACCAGGUCCUGGAGUUGUUAAUUCACAGAGAUGGGGAAUUUCAGGAACUAAUGAAAUUGGCACUUAAUCAGGGAAAAGCCCAUCAUGAAAUGCAAGUUUUAGAAAAAGAAGUAGAAAAGAGAGACAGUGAUAUUCAGCAACUACAAAAACAGCUAAAGGAAGCAGAACAGAUACUGGCAACAGCUGUUUACCAAGCAAUAGAAAAACUCAAGUCAAUAGAAAAAGCAAGAAAAGGUGCUAUUUCCUCUGAAGAAAUGAUUAAGUAUGCACAUAGGAUUAGUGCAAGUAAUGCUGUGUGUGCCCCACUGACCUGGGUCCCAGGGGACCCACGGAGACCAGACCCAACAGAUUUGGAGAUGAGAAGUGGAUUACUGGGUCAGAUGAACAAUCCUUCCACUAAUGGAGUAAAUGGUCAUCUCCCAGGGGACGCACUUGCAGCGGGCAGACUGCCAGAUGUCCUUGCUCCACAGUAUCCCUGGCAGUCAAAUGAUAUGGCGAUAAAUAGGUUGCCACCAAACCACAGUCAUGACUUUCUGUUGGAACCUCCAGGGCACAACAAAGAAAACGAGGACGAUGUAGAGGUUAUGUCAACGGACUCCUCAAGCAGCACCAGUGACUCUGAUUAGAAACCAUAAGAUGAAAAGCAAACAGAAUUGAAUAC